UCUUUGUUUUCCUUGUCUGAGCUGGAAUCUGCAGGAUCUAAACUGUACGGCUGGAUAGAUCUGAUCGAACUCCUCAUUUUUUUCUUCGGUACUGUUAUGUUGGGGCUGUGAGGGGUUGAUAGUGUAAACAGAGUUCGGUUAUGGGUGACGGGAUGUGGGGCGGGCUUGCCCCGUACCACAACUCAGAGGUGAAUUUAUAAUAAACUCCUGCUAUGUCCUAGAAAAUUAUGCAUUUUUUUUGUAAUUUUGUCUAAAAACAGCUGAAUCAUAAUUAACACUUUGAAACUAGAUCAAAAGAUGAUUGAAGUGUUUCUUUAAAUUAUUUACCCAGAAGUACUUGGGUCAGCCAAGACUGGUUCUAGGUCCAAAACUGUACAAAUGUGAUUGGCUGGUUGAUUGAGUUUUCGUGCUGCUUUGUUAAAAAAAAAAAAAAAAUGUCUUUCUACUGUAAAUUUGUUUGCCCUUUGCCUCUUCUGUUCUCGUGACGUCGUUUUUGUCAAAGCAUUUUCCCGCAGAGUGGAGCAUCCUGCUGUCGCGAGAGGAUCUUUGCAGCCGCGAGCGGCCGCAUCUCCCAGCUGCGGGUCUCAGUGACAGAGAGAAGAAGCCUGGAGAGGACAGAGGGACUAUUUCCAUUCACCUCCGCGGGGACAGGACGAACUGCGGCCGCAGGAAGUGACAUCAAAGUGAGCUAACUUGGCAGCAAAUCCCAGAUGGCUCAUGGUAUCCAUGAAGAGGACCUGCAUCAGACACGAAAUUCCAUCCUUUGGAUAUCACUUCCACCACCUAGCUAAGGGAUUGACAGGCUAAUUUUACCCGUGAACACCUAGACCACAAGAGAUGACACUUUCCCUUUUUCAUUUUUGUGAGAUGAUUAUUGACAGGCGUUGUCCACUUUUUGCCGUGUUUUUGGUGGAAGAGCCUGGCUUGAGCUAACUCUUCUGUUGUUUGACGGUUUGAGAUGGACAUCUAAAACCAGACGUUUUUGGAUUAAAGUACGAUGCUCUACACAGAUGCUUGGGAUUGGUCAGCAUAUCUGUGAUUUUUGAACAGUCCCUUCCAUUGGGAACUGUGCAUGUUGUGCAAACAUCAUCAACACCAUGCGGCAUCUCUGACACUGACGACAAACAAGUCCUCCUCCAGCUCUGCUGUCCACAUCUGGCUCCAGGAAACCGAUGCCUUAAAUGGAGACCAGAGAGAAGAUAAAGCUGAUUCAGUGACUAACAGGAGGGAAAACACAUUGUCUGGUUGCAGGGGGAGGAGCACUCAACCUGGGACUCUGUUCUGCUUUUAGUCGGUAUGGGUUUGAACGCCUGCUGACCAUCAAAAGGAAUGGUCAUGAGUUUAGUGAAACCUCCUGAUUGGAGCAUGCACGGGCAAGACCCAUCUUGAUUGACAAAUCAGAACUUAAUAAAAAAGUUUUCUCCCCCCCACUUACCUCUAGUGGGGGGGAGGGUGACGGGUGUUUCCUGUUUUGCGGUGUAGGACUUCAGAUUUUUAGUUGUAGUUUUUAGACGUUAGGUUGUAGGUGAUAGUCUAGACCUGAAGCAGCUUCAUUCUGUCUCUCUAGUGUUUUUAGUUCAUGCCAGUGUUUAGACUACUGCGCCCAGCAUUGUUUUUUGAGUCAGCUAUUGGUUCUGCACCAGUGACCUACCCUGAUCUUACCAACUGUGAUGGCCGACAGCAUUUUGGCUCUUCAGUUUAUCACACAGGAUUAGUUCAUCUUGGCCUGAAAAUCCAGAUCAGUCUAAAGCUCACUGGACGUUAGCCUUUGUGCUACUUAAAAAUGGAUGCCAAUCAAGGCCCAGGCCAAGGCAGUCCUGAAAGCCCUAACCGGGCUGUGGAGUAUCUUCUAGAACUCAACAACAUCAUUGAGAGCCAGCAGAAACUUCUCGAAACCCAAAGGCGCAGAAUCGAGGAGCUGGAGGUCCAACUGGACCGUCUCAGCCAAGAGAAUAAGGACCUGCGUUUGGACAGACAGCCUGUUGCUCCGCCUCCACCUGCUCCUCCCCCUGAACCUCCCAUCCCUCCACCACCUCCACCACCUCCUCCAGCUCAGACUGCAUCAACAUCCAUAGCCGCCAAGAACCACCACCAUUAUAACAGCCACCCCCACACCUCACCUCAGCCUCCCACUUCUAUCCCCCUGCACCACAGCCACCACAUUCAGCAGCAGCAUCACCACCCCUCCACCCAUCACUCCUACAACAGCACCGCAUCCACUUCUGUUCCCGUCUCUGUGACGCCUUCAAGCAAUCCAACAUCCAUCUCUGUCCCAACCCAAAUCCCACCCCCAGUCUCCUCCGCCUCGGCUCCUGCCCCGCCACCACCACCUCCUCCAAUUCCACCCAGAGAUCAGCCACGGGCCCACAGCCGACUGACCCGAGUACCUUCCACCAGCACUGGAACCAACACCAACUUUGUGGAGAAAGAGAAGGAGAGGCUUGAGCGCCUGCAUAAAGCCAAUGCUGCCAAUAACCACCAUGCCCACACCCUCCACCACCACAAACCUGUUGAGGGUGACGCUCAGUGUCCAGAGACACUCACCUUUUCUGAUUCAUCCUUUGGUCACCCGCCUCCCUUCCACCGGUACAGCAACAACCCCCUCCCCAGCCUCUGUGACCCCUACAGUCCAGCGUCCACCGGCAGGCCCCUGGGAACCUCCUACGUCCACACACAGGGCAGCUCUCCCGUUUCUCCCCCCAGCCCAGCGAGCCUCGCCUGGGCCCAGCGGAGCAGACAUCAGCCGGCCAGCCUGGCGCUCCGUAAGCAAGAGGAGGAGGAGAGCAAACGCUGCAAGGCGCUAUCUGACAGCUAUGAGCUCUCUACGGACCUCCAGGACAAGAAGGUGGAGAUGUUGGAGAGGAAGUACGGGGGCCAGUUUGUGUCAAGGCGGGCGGCGAGGACAAUCCAGACGGCGUUCAGGCGUUACCGCAUGAAGAAGAACUUUGAGCGACUCCGCAGCUCAGCCUCGGAGAGCAGAAUGACCCGCCGCAUCAUCCUGUCCAACAUGAGGAUGCAGUACUCAUUUGACGAGCGACCGUCACAGGGUCAGGGGCCAGCAGGUCCGCAGGAUUCGGAGGACACGGGGGACGUGGAGGACUCUUUCUCAAAGCAGGUCAAGUCCCUGGCUGACUCCAUGGACGACUCCCUCACCUGCCAGUCUGGACGCGAGGACUCUCAGGACGUUGGAGGAGAAGGAGAGGACGACGAUGACGAGGAAGAGGGAGAUGAGGAAGAAGAGGAGGAGGAAGAAGAGGAAGACGACGAUGACUACAGGCAGUGUGGAUGGAGGAACACCAACACGUCGUCCCGACGCCCCGCUGGCCGGGCAGAAGGCAUCAGGGGAGGAGGUGCUGCGAUGCACGAGGACAGCACUGCCACCUCCUUCAGUGACGUGACCCUCUACAUGGAUGAUGGCUGCCUUCCUUCCUCGCCGCUCUCCCGACCGGCCUCCAGCUCCGACACAGACUACUGGGGAGGCGGAGGCGCAGGGGGAAGAGAGGACAGCCGAGAGACGGAGGGGGGCAGCAACGCCAGCCGGAGGAGCAGCACCCCCUGCACCGAGUGUAGAGGGGAGUACAGAGUGAGGGCAGCAGGAGGAGGAGGAGGACAUCUUCCAGUUCUCACCAUAGAGCCACCCAGUGAUAGCUCUGUGGACAUGAGUGACAGGUCGGAAAGAGGAUCUAUUGGUCGUCUGAUUUAUGAGCAGGAGCCGUCAGGAGCUGAACGAGAAGGAUCAGACAGAGGGAGAGGAGGAGGUGAAGGAGAAAGCGGCGAGGACGAGCGAGGUGAAGGAGGCGGAGGCAGCAGCGAGACCGACUCUCCUCACGGGACCAUCAAGCACAAACCGAACGGCCGCUCUGUCGCCACGGCGCAGGGACAGACCCGCAGCCCUUCCAACGUCCCCCUGCCCAUGCCGUCGGCCCGGACCUUGCCCUCGCACCCGCUUCCCCAUCCGCUCCAGCAUCCCCACCCACACCCGCAUCCCCACCCUCCAACCAUCCCACACCUCCCCACCAUCCUGCACCACCACCCGCAGUACAACCAGCCUCAGAUCCUGCACAUGCACCACGGCGGCAGCCCGUACAUGCAGCAGCACUUCGCCCAGCACCACUACCACCACCUGCACCACCAACACCACCACUUCCCCCACUCCUACGCAGAGCCCCCGUCGUCCCCGCUGCCCUCCCCGGUGCCCCCCCUCACGCCUCUCUCCCCGCUACCGCCGCCGCUCACGCCCUCCCCGCUCUCCUCCUCCUCAUCCUCGGUGCUUCAGAACAUGGAGGCCCAGCAGCAGCACCUUGCCCACCACCCUCACCUGCACCACCACCACCUGCUGUGCUCAGACGGAGACAACGAGAGCGUCAACUCCACUACCACCAACUCCAACGACGACACCACCGUCAACAACUGCAGCUCCGGCUCCUCGUCGCGCGACAGCUUGCGGGAGCCUGUGGGAGGAGCCACGCUGGGGAAACAGACCUAUCAGAGGGAGAGCCGCCACAGCUGGGAUUCCCCCGCCUUCAACAAUGAUGUGGUGCAGCGGAGGCAGUACCGGAUCGGACUCAACCUGUUCAACAAGAAGCCGGAAAAGGGGAUCCAGUACCUGAUUGAGAGGGGCUUCGUGUCGGACACUCCGGUGGGCAUCGCCAGGUUCAUCCUGGAGAGGAAAGGACUGAGCCGGCAGAUGAUCGGGGAGUUCCUGGGCAGCAGGCAGCAGUUCAACAAGGAUGUGCUGAACUGCGUCCUGGAUGAGAUGGACUUCUCUGGGAUGGAUUUGGAUGAUGCUCUGAGGAAGUUCCAGGCCCAGAUCAAAGUUCAGGGUGAAGCUCAGCGGGUGGAGCGUCUGGUGGAAGCUUUCAGUCAGCGUUACUGCAUCUGCAACCCGGUGCUGAUCCGCCAGUUCCAGAAUCCAGACACCAUCUUCAUCCUGGCAUUCGCCAUCAUCCUCCUCAACACAGACAUGUACAGCCCCAACGUCAAGCCGGAGAGGAAGAUGAAGCUGGAAGACUUCAUCAAAAACCUACGAGGCGUCGACAAUGGGCAGGACAUCCCCAGAGACCUGCUGGUGGCCAUUUACGGGAGGAUCCAGAAGUGGGAGCUGAGGACCAACGAUGACCACGUGUCCCAGGUUCAGGCUGUGGAGAGGAUGGUGGUCGGCAAAAAGCCUGUUCUGUCUCUGCCUCAUCGCAGGCUGGUGUGCUGCUGUCAGCUGUUUGAGGUUCCCGAUCCAAACAGAGCUCAAAGGAGCGGCGUCCACCAGAGAGAAGUCUUCCUGUUCAAUGACCUGCUCAUGGUGACAAAGAUCUUCCAGAAGAAGAAGACUUCUGUGACGUACAGCUUCAGACAAUCAUUUCCUCUGCUGGACAUGCAGGUCCACACCUUCCAGAACUCCUACUACCCUCACGGCAUCAAGCUGACGUCUGCCAACCCUGGAGGGGAGAGGAAGGUGCUGAUCAUCUUCACCGCGCCGAGCCAGCAGGACCGAGCGCGCUUCACCUCCGACCUCCGAGAGAGCAUCGCUGAGGUCCAGGAAAUGGAGAAGUACAGGGUGGAGUCUGAGCUGGAAAAGCAGAAAGGCGUGAUGCGUCCCGGCAUGCUGGCGGGAGGGGCAGGAACGCUAGGGGGCGGAGCCGGCUCGGGCGGAGGCCCCAUGAAGGGCGAGGUUGUGAACGGCACCCUGGGCAGGCCCAGCCUGGACGACACGUACGCCUCAGUGGACGGCCUGAAGCGCACGGCGCUCAGCUCCUCGCUCAGAGACCUCUCAGAGACAGGGAAGCGCGGUCGUAGGAACAGUGUGGGCUCAUUGGACAGUACCAUUGAA